CAUAUAUGUAAAUAGUUAUUGACAACAGCUCAGCUACAUGCAGAAUGUUAUUAUUAGGUGGAUGUACUCUUACAAACAUACAACUUCAGUGACACAUGCAACCCUCUCCUAGCAGCAGACUCUCUGCCUGACGUGCUACACUACUCCAUCACCAUAACAGCCAUUGUCACACCAUUACAGCAGCACUUACAAUGGAUCUUUCUACAACAAUACAUCUUUCUCUUUCUCACUGAAUAACCAAUGAUAUAAUUAUUAAAAAGGUUCAUUCCUGAGCAUAUCUGAAGAUCUUUAACAAAUACCAACAUCCAGCAGCAACAUGUUACUGCCAUUGACCUUUGUAUUCUCACUGGUCCAGUGUGUCCUGACCAUAGACCUUACCUACCAUGUGGAAGAAGAGAGAAGUCCAGGAACAUAUGUAGCAGACAUUGCUGCCGAUUCUAAACUCUUAGACAAUGUUAAACCAUCUGACCAACAUUUGAUAACAUUCAGUCAAUUCAAACGAAAGGUGGCACAGUUAUUUAACAUCACCAUAACAGGUAAACUGUACACUGCUCAGACACUGGAUGCAGAAGAUCUCUGCACAUUCAACAAAGAAUGUUCUAGAACUGUCAAAGUUAUUAUAAAGAAAGUGGAUAGCUUCACAAAAAUAUUAAAAGUCAAAAUUGUAAUAGAAGACAUCAAUGACCACGAACCAGAGUUUCCUAUAAAGAAUGUGAAUAUACAAUUUGAUGAAGACAUUGGUAAAGGUGCAAAAAGAUCAAUACCAAAUGCCAUAGAUGAUGACAUAGGUUUUCAAAAUUCAUUAAUACAAUAUAAAUUAAAAUCAAAGAAUGGAGAACCAUUCUCUCUAUCAGUUUCUAAAAGAGCUGAUGGUAUUUCUUCUCUUAAAAUAGUUUUGAAAGAAUCAUUAGACAGAGAAAUCAAAGAUACAUAUUUAUUACAAGUCAUAGCUAAAGAUGGAGGUUCGCCAGCAAAACAAGGUGUUUUAAAUAUAAAUAUUUCUAUAACAGAUGUGAAUGACAACCCACCUGUAUUUUCUAAACCUUUCUAUAAUAUAUCCAUACAAAGUACACAUCACAAAUCCAAACCCAUCAUUGUUUUAUCUGUAACAGAUGCUGAUUCAGGUGAAAAUGGUAAAAUUACUUUCCAUUUCAGUCCAAAGACAUCAGAUUUAGCCAAAAGCUAUUUUCUUUUAAAUGAAACCAGUGGAAGCAUUUUCUUGAGUAAAUACUCCAAGUUGGAAAAAAAGAAAACCUAUGAACUGUUCAUAGAGGCCAGGGACGGAGGCAGCCCUCCACUCAAUUCCAUUGCAACUGUUCUGGUAAAUGUCAUCAACCAACACAAUAAUCCUCCAUCUAUGGAUAUAGAUUAUGUUAAUGCACUCAAUUAUAACACAGGUACCAUCUCUGAAAACAUCAAAGUCGGUAGUUUCAUUGCUUAUGUGAUGGUCACUGACAAUGAUGUGGGACAAAAUGGAGAGGUCAGCUGUGGUAUCAAACAUGAUACAUUCAAACUACAGUCAAUGGGAUCUAAAGAAUAUAAAAUCAUUCUCAACAAACCAGUGGACAGAGAAACACAAGGACACUAUAACAUUCCUGUCUCCUGUCAAGAUAAAGGAUUACCUCCUCUGAAAAGUGUUAAAAGCCUCUCUAUCCAAGUGACUGACAUCAACGAUGUACAACCACAGUUUACCAAAGAUACAUUCCAAUUCCUCACCUACGAAAACAAAGAUAAAGACUUCCCUAUUGGUUUUGUCAAUGCCACUGACCCUGAUCUUGGAUCUGCUGGACAACUCACAUAUUCUCUGCUGCGUAAAGAAAAAUCCAAUCUCCCAUUUCUCAUCACCAGUUAUGGCUUCAUUUCAGCGACCAUGUCAUUGGACAGAGAGAAACAAGAUGUGUAUAAGUUUGAGGUUUUUGUCAAAGACAAUGGAAGCCCAUCUCUGAAUGACACAGCGAAUGUUGUUGUUGAGAUUCUAGAUCAAAAUGACAAUGCUCCGUAUUUUACAUAUCCUAGUAGUGACCCUUACACGCUAAAUGUGCAGUACCAUCCGCAGAGUAAGAGUGACAUCACAGUUUUGAGAGCGUCUGAUGGGGACAGUGGAAACAAUGCUUUCCUCAGAUAUGCAAUCAUACAAGGAAAUGAUAAACAGUUGUUUAGUAUGAACUCACACAGUGGUGCUUUAUCCUUCUCCAGACAAGUUUAUCUAAAUGAUGCUGGAAGUUAUGAGCUGGUGUUUGUUGUGAAGGACAGUGGUAGUCCAGUUCAGUCGUCAACAACUAGUGUCACUUUGGUAUUGGCUGUUAGUAACGAGACAUCACCAAUGUCGAAGAGUGGACCUUUACAAUCUUCAGGUCGGGUCCAUAUGACAUGGGUUAUUAUCAUUGUAUCAUCAGCAGUAAUAAUAUCAGUGGCUAUUGUUGUUUCUAUAACGCUGUGUAUUAUGAAAUGUAUUAAACACAGAGAUAACACAGCUGCUGCCACAAAGAAUACAGCCUACCAAGGUAGAGCAGAGAUGAAACAAUUGUUGUACCAGACUAACACUUCUGUUGCUAUGUCGAGGAAUGCAGAAGAGAUGGUGAAGCGGAAUAUCUAUUCUGAGAGAUCCAAGAGUGAAUGUUAUGCAGAAGGUCAGCUACAGAACAAAUAUGAAUCUUCAGUUCAGUCGAGAACUUUACCAAAACCUACCCCAAAAUACUGUCAACCUGUUGUGGUGACAUCAAGUGAUGAUGCUGUGGAAGAUAAUGCUACUAUGGUUUGUAACUAUACAUCAGAUACAAUGUCAUCCAAGAGAAGUGGUAGACAAGGAGACUUGAAACAUUAUGAAGAAAUACCAGGAGUAUCAGAUCAAAGUAUUUAUAAAAACAAUGACACAUCUACAUCAAAAGAUUCUAGUGAAGAAACACCAGUGAAACAUGUCUAAUUAAACUGCCAUUGAAGUGUCACAACUACUUUUCUCAAUAAAAAUAUACAAUAUCACUAUACAAUACACAAACAGCAUUAACAUACACUUUGUUUAUUAAUUCCGCUAUAUCAGUAUAUUCUGCAGAAACAAGUCUAUAAAUAAGCCAUAAUGUUAAUUUAAUUACUAAAGAUUACAUUGUGUUGAUUAAUGAAUUAUUAUUAAAUAUAUUCAGUUGGUGAACUUUUCAAAUAUUUUGUAUAUGUUCAUCAUUAACAUUCCAAUUACUUUAAAAUUUACUCCACAAUGUAUAGAUAAUUAAUGCAAGGAGUAGAGAACCAAAAAUAAAUUCUCAUGAUUGAAAAAAAAAGCAUUUUAGUGAAAAUUACGGCAGUAUUUUCUGAGAUUUAAAAAGAAAUGUAUUUAAAAUUUUACCUAGCUAUCAAUAUUACCAAGACCUGAUUAAGGGAUGAAUGUCUCACCUUCUCCCAACAAAUCAGUAGUAAAGGAGCAACAUCAUUGGUCUUCUGUUUAGGUCAUUCAACCAAUCAGAUUCUCUCUAAAACAUGCAAAGAAACCACUAAGAAAGCUAAGCAUUCGCAUUACUGGUGUUAUUAAACCAGUUAUGUUUAAAUGUAGAAUAUUCUAGCUAUAUAAAUACACAUCUAUAUAUCUAUAUAUAUGUAGACUGUCAUAAGUAACAAUAGACAAACAUCAUCUUUAAGGACAAAUGCUUACAAACAUACAACUUCAGUGACACAUGCAACCCUCUCCUAGCAGCAGACUCUCUGCCUGACGUGCUACACUACUCCAUCACCAUAACAGCCAUUGUCACACCAUUACAGCAGCACUUACAAUGGAUCUUUCUACAA